UCACCUUUUUUAAGAAAAGAACUCGCCAACGCAACCACGUCAACCUCCUUCCUCGAAAGUUCGAUAAAGAAAGAAAACCGAUAGUCUUCGGGUUCCUUCGAAUCCCUCUCGACUAUCUUGUCGUUAUUUUAGAGAAAGACCCCGUCCACAGGAGACCGUCAAUACCGCGUCGUGAUCCUUUCACUGCGCAUGUCUGAAAACUUGUCGUCUUUUUCCCGCGCUUUUUCUCGUUUCUACUUUGAAACACAAAAGUGAUGCAAUUUAAUCUCUUGUUAUCUCUUUUAAUUAAAUUUACCUUGUGUGAAGCAAUUUACAAGAAAUUGAGUGUUUUCAUAAUAUGGCAAAAAAGGCCAAAGAUAAAGAUUUGGAAAAAUAAUACAAAACUUUCUUUAAUUAUUUAUUUAAAUACGUAUAUGUAUGAUCGUUACUACUGGUUUUUGAUAUAAAUUCUACUUUAUUGCCACUUAAAAGAUCAUUUAUUUUCACCUUGUCUCUUAUAAAAUAAAACUUGUUUUUUUUUUCAGUUUGACCGUUUUCGGUUACCCACAAAUCAAUGCUUACUGCAUCUUCUUUAUGCUUAACACCCUUUUCGACACACAAUUUGAAGUCUCGUUCAACAUUUUCUAUAUCUUUCACUGUUAGUAGAUCCACUCUCUUUAUAUCAGUUCCUAUUUUAGUACGAAAUGAAUCCAAAAUCCUAUAAAUAAAAAAUAAAUAUCAUUAAUUAGGCACCAUUAUAAUAUUUUUAAAAAUUACCUUCUUUUGGGUACUCCUUCUAGAAGUUUAUUAGCUAUGAUAUUCCUUUCUUCCUUAGAAAUUCGUAAGUGUUGAAUAUCCAUCGAAUGACCAUAGUGUGAUUUUUGUCUCUCAACUAGAAUGCUUCCAUUGGAUUUCAGUGUCACAUUCAUUUGGCUUAUGCAUGCUCUAUUUAGCUUACAAGUUCCUUGAGUUUUAGUAGCCUUUUUGGUUCCACUUUUUGUAUAAUGACCAGACCGAUUACACACAUAGUUAGUCUUCUUAUCACCAGAGCUUAGUCUUUGGGUUCCUCGAUUGAUCACAUAAUUACACUUUUCUGUAUUUUCUAUUUGAAUUUUCCACACUCUAAAUUCUAAAAAAUGAUACCCACGAUAGAACUUAAAAUUUAAAUUAAAUUAUUUAAGUAAGUAUAGGUAUAUACCUUCUAAGUUUGCAAACGUCUUAAUUUCUUCAUCCUCAAUUUUGAACGAAUGCUUACUUUUUAAGUGCUUAAUUAAAUCCAAGUUGUACCUGAAGGAAUGAUUACAUAGUUCUUCCAAACAUUUGUAGUUAAACACUUUUGUUGUAUGAUAUUGCAAUAUUACCCAGGUAGCCACCAAGACGUAAAUGACGUCAAUAGAACGUCAAUUAUUGGUCAUUUUUGGUCACAUACGUCAUGGGACCAAAAAGUGACGUCUUUGGGACGUCAUUCUAAGUGACGUCAGUUGGCCGUCAAGUGUAGAGACGUCUUUCUGACGUCUUUUUGUGGACAAAUAAUUUAAAUCUUUAAAAACAUCAAGUUUAAUUUUUUUUAUUUGUUGAAACUAUGAAAUGGAGAAAAACAAUCCCUAGAGCCUUUAAUGGUUUAAGGUUUGUUGGUAAUAUGGUAAUACCAAAGAGUAGAGUUAUACGUAAUACUGAUAUUGAUUAAUUUGACAUUUACGCAUUGUUGUCACAUUAUAAAAUUUUCAUAUUCUCAGUAUUAUUGCUAACAUCGUCAUUUAAAUAAUUAUUUUCUGAAUACUAAAAUGUUACUGCAAUUAUUUGAUUUGAAUUUAAAAGAUAUUGGCACUUAUUAAAGGAUUACAAUAAUAAAUGUAAUUAAAUUGUUACCCGUUUCCUUAUUUGGAUUUGUAACAAAAUUUUAUGAGAUGUCUCGUCGGCAACGCUGUCUUGAUGAGUACAGGGGCAACGAAUACGAACGAGUAACGACGAACGGCUAACCCGGUUAACCGCCAACCGCCAUUACAUUACCGCCAAUUUGCAAAAACGACAGCAAGAACGUUCAUGUAAAGGUGACGCCGAUUUUGUGAUUGUGACUUGAGCUGCUUUGCUGCUUUAAGGAUUAUCUAUGAGGAUUAUAUUUUUAAGUGAGUGUGUGUUAGUUUACAUUGUUACCAUGUAUUAUGUCAUUCAGUUUGAUGAAACGGGGGAUAACAGUGUAGCAGUUGUAGAUGAAAACUGGUUGACUCCUUUGAAGAGACAAGUUUACUGGCCCCCACUGAAAGAUACAAGAAUUUUUCGGCGCGCUUUGGCCGAGCAUCAGGAAGUGGAUUCGGAGAUUUGGAAAGUUUACGGGGUAAAAAAGAUAUUUUUUCAAACCGAUGAUAUAGAAAAGGCUUUCCGUAAAGAGAAGGAGGCUCAAAACUUUAGUGACAUCAAUGACACAGACGACAAUGCAAGUAAUAGACCCACAAAGAGAAUCAUCAGGAGGGUUAUUUUAACCGAUAGUGAUGAUAGUGAUGAGGAGAGUAGAUAUUCCAGACCUCCACAGAUCAAAAUAAAGAAGUUGUCAGGUGCUAUAGAAAAGCGACAAAUAUCUAGAACCACUGCUGUCACCCCACCUCAAAAUUUACCCUCAACUCCUAAGGCAUCUAGAGCAUCUGCAUCUGCACAAACCUCUAUAACAGAUUCAAAUCUGGGAACAUUGGUUAAUAUACUUAAUACCAUAAAAGAGCAGAAUAAAAUCCUAUUGGAGAAGGUUGGAAAUAUAGAAAACUUUGUAUUUAACAAAGGUUCACAAGUUUUUGAAAUUUGUAACCCUAUAAAAAACCCUUUACCAGUGGAUCUUCCAAUAGGAAAAGAAAAUGAUUUGAAGGAUGUAGAAGUAUUUUUGAAAGAAAAUGAAAGUAAUUUUAAAAUAUUGACAACUGUAUCGAAGAAUUGCGAAGGAAAAGCAAGUAGUGCUGAAGAAAGUUCUUGCUCUCAGCCUGUCAGUAAUUUUAGAAAUGUUCCAAGUGAAAAUAACUUUCAGUCUAAUGAAAUAUCUGAUAUUGUUGAACCUUUAAGUAAUUUUAAUUCCUCAAUACCAGAUAUUGAUACUUUAAAUGGUGAAUGCUCAGCAAACGUCUCAUUAGAUAACAGUAAUGCUUUAAUGAAACCUGAUUUACAUACUCAGUUACAAGAAUGGGCACUGGAAUCAAAAGCUUCACAUUCUUCUAUAACUAGCCUGUUAAGAAUUUUAAAACCCUUGCAUCCCGAACUUCCAUUAGAUAGUAGGUCACUAUUAAAAACUCCCAGAUUUGGAGUCUUUCAGAAUUUAGAUAAUGGUGAGUACUGUCAUUUUGGAAUUCAAAAUGCUUUAAUACAUCUAAUACAUUCUUCAUGCAAAGACGAAAAAAUUAAAUUAAGUAUUAAUAUUGAUGGAAUACCUCUUUUUUCUAGCUCAAAACUUCAGUUUUGGCCUAUUUUAGGUUUGAUUAGAAACUUUGCAAGUUCGCCAUUUGUCAUAGGUAUAUUCUAUGGUAAUAGUAAGCCAUCACCAUUAAAAAAAUUUUUGAAAAAAUUUAUUGAUGAAAUGAUUGAUUUAAGAAUUUCUGGAUUCAUAUUGCAUAUGAAUUACUCUGUUGAAAUUUUAAAUUUUAUUUGUGAUGCACCUGCUAAAGCUUACAUUAAAGGUAUCAAGUCUCAUGGAGGAUAUUCUUCUUGUGACAAAUGUUGGGAAUUUGGUGAUUACAGUCACACAGGAGGAAAAGUUAUAUUUAAAGGUACCUCUAGUUCAUUAAGGACUGAUGAACAGUUUGUUAAAGAAGAGGACACAGAACAUCAUAUGGAAAAAACUCCAUUGCUUGAUUUAAAAAUAGGCCUAGUUUCAACCUUUACCAUUGAUUAUAUGCAUGCUGUAUGCUUAGCGUUUUUGGGAGAUAAAACUAAUGAAGAGGUCAGUAUUAAGUCACAAGACGAAAAUGCUAUACAAAAAGAUACUUCUAGCAACAAGUCACAAGACGACAAUGUCAUGGAUGUACAAGAAGAAUUGUUGGAGGAUGAAAAUCUUAUAAAAGACUCACAAGAUGUAAAUAUCAAGGCACCAGAAGAACAGAUUCUUGGUGACCAAAAUUUUAACAACAUAAACAAGGAACAAAACGAAGGUGCUAAAGACAUUAACGCAGAAAACCUUUUGGAUAUAGAACCAUCAUUAACAAAAAAUGGAGAAGUUAGAAAACGAAAAAAGCGUGAGCAUGCACCUGAUAAAUUGUACCUACCAAGUGACGUCACGGUAAUUAAGAUGUUUUCAAAUUUUAAGGAAUGCGAAAAAUGUGAGGCGUUUUUGUUGCACGGAAAUGGUCAUACUAAACAGAAUGCGGACCAGAAUACUGAUUGUGACAAAUGCUUGCAGUGGCUGGAGCAUAUAAAAAAGGCUGAAAUGUCCAGAAAAGAAUAUAGAAGUGACAAAAAGAAAAUUGACGAUGAUGAGUCACUAUAUUAUUCUACUGACAUGCAAAAGAAAGAAAAGAGUAUGAAAGAAAACCCCAAGAUUUACGAUUUCCAAGAUUUUUCAGAUGCUGUACAAAACAGUACAAAAAGCAGCUAUGCCAAAGAAAUGAAUUUUUCUGAUUUUAAGCAUUGGCCUAUCCUGACAACCAACUAUCAACUACAAAAGCUUAAUCAAAAUCGACCUCUUUUAAAAGAUAUCGCAGUUUUGGAAGCAAGGAGAGGCUCCAAAUGUCUGUAUUUUAAGACGUCUUCUGAAGAUGAUGAUUAUCAGGAAUUAAAUAUGCUCUCAAAAAAUAAUACUACUUUAAAAGAUCCUGAAAAUCAUAGUACUGAUCGUGAAAAAAAAUCAAAUUCUCACCAACUUGUCCUCCAUAAUUCCGAAACAUAA